AUAGAUAAACAGCACAUAAAAAAGGCUUCCUGUGGACAGUGCGACCUUGGUUUCUCAUGACAGAGGUGAUGCAUGUCUCUGAAACAAAAGUGAAAGUUUUUCAGACCAGAAACGUAUUCUGAUGUGGAAGCUGCAGAAGAUAAGGAGAAAUGGCUCACUGUGCUGAUGUUUCAAACAUCAGUAUCUCAGCGAAGGAUGGCAGCAAUAUUUCAGCACCAGUCUUAUCAAACUUACAGGUUGAAGGAAACAUAAACAUUACAAACUAUUUUACAGAUAAUGUUGAAUCUGCAACUGAAACCACAGAUACAGUCUCAUUGAUCACUGAAUACAAGAAGUCAAUACUGUCCGAGUAUGCUUAUUUGACAGAACACACCUCUCGUGCGGGUGAACAGGUGCUCCUUAAUGACCGUUACAUUGACCCAAUGAUUGUUCACAAACACAGAGAAAGGGAGGAGAAAGAGCAGGAGAUGCGUUCAAGAGGAGAUAAGUUCUUCAUCUCCAGAACUAACCAAAGAAACAAAAGCAUCAGCCUAAAUCAACUUUUCAGUCCGGAGAGCGAGGCUAAGAAAGGUGUGCCGAGAGCUGUAAUUCUCCAAGGAGACUCUGGAACUGGGAAAUCCAUCACCGCACUUAAGAUCCUUCUAGAUUGGGCUUCUGGAGAGCUUUAUGCUGAACUCUUUGAUGUUGUGUUUUAUCUGAGGUGUCAGGAGCUCAGUGGUCUUUCGGGUGAGAUGAGUCUGGUGGAAGUUUUGGACUGCAGCUUAACUCAAAAUGAGAUUGCUCAGAUCCUAAAGGACAAAUCACAGAAAACCUUGUUCAUUGUCGAUGGCUUUGAUGAACUCGUUUUGUCCUCAACCAAUAAGUCCUUGCCACCAAAACCAAAUAUCAAAGCCCAUCCAACAACCAUUCUCUGUUCUCUUCUGAAAGGACGAAUGAUGAGAGAUUCUUUCCUGCUGGUCACCACAAGGUCAGCAGCUGUAGAUAAACUGGAAGGUGUUCUUAAAAAGCCACAAAGCUUCAUGGAGAUCUUAGGUUUCUCAGAGAAAGGAGUAAUGGAAUAUUUCGAAAAGUUCUUCGACGACGAAGAGUUCUCUAAACAAGUGUACGAGCAAGUCAGGGUGCACGAGAUGCUCCACACCGUUUGCUUCGUUCCUGUCUUCUGCUGGAUCAUCUGCACAAUUUUCAAGAAAAAAGGAAAAGAUGGCGUUGCCACCAGUGAGCUGACCACCACCACCUCCAUUUUUGUUGACUUCACGGUAACGAUGUUGAAGCAUCAUAGUAGUUUAAGUCAGGAUGAACAGUUUAACCUCCUAAAGAGUCUGGGCCAGCUGGCAGAGAGUGGGACGGCGAAACGUCAAAUCCUAUUUCGCAAGAGCAGUCUUCCAAAGGAAAUCUCAGGUAUUCCAAACGUUCCCUUUCUCUGCAUGUUUCGUCAACAGGAGAGAACGUUUCUAAAAGAGAUGGUCGGUUUUAUGCACCUCAGCUUCCAGGAAUUCUUUACCGCUCUCUCGUAUUUGUUAACGGACAAGUCGGAGGUGAAAAUUAAAGUCAAGGAGCUGCUUGAACUGGCAGGCAAUGGAAGGCACAACGAUCAUCUCUUACCUGUAAUCCGCUUCCUUUUCGGUCUCUCCAACAAGAAGCUGAGUCGUCUGUUCGUGGGGGAAUCUGCAUCUUCUGUCAUCCGUGCGCAGCUGGAGAAAUGGAUAGGCAGAGUUUUAGUGAAGAACAUCAUGAACACCUUUUACAUGAGUGAUUUCAUUCUUCAUUGUCUUUAUGAGCUUCACGAUAAGGACAUUUUAAAGAAUGUUAUGAGGCUCUGGGAAAAGUCAGGCAUUCACAUACACUGGACUCUGAAGAGUAUUGACUGUCAGGUCAUCAUGUUUUGCCUUCAGUUCAGUAAACAGAUUAGCAGAUUGGAGCUGAGGUGCAAUGCAGAACAUCUUAAAGCGCUUCAUUCUGCCAUCUCCAGGUGUUACACACUGUGGUUGGAAUUUGAAUCCAUGUCAGACACUGAUGUUGACGUCCUGAUUUCAGGUCUGGGGAGGAAGAAGGAAGUUAACUAUCUGAAGAUGCAUGAUGGAGAUCUAUCAGAUGAAAGUCUGCAGAAGAUCUUGAAGUCCAUCCGUGGUCAGCAGUCAGUCGGUGACUUUCGCCUCUCCGUGAAGUCCAUCAGCUAUGACAAUGCAGAUCUAAUCAUGAACUUCCUCAUUAAAGAGAUGAUGGGUAAAGAGUUCAGCAUUUGCAUUGCCAGUCAAGCAGAAACGAGAGAAGAGACUCUGUGCUCGGAGUUCACAAUAAAGACCAAAAAAAAUUCCUGCUGGCUGACUGUCGGGCACUCGGAAGAGGAUGAGGGUGAAAUCUUAAAUCAACCUGGUGUUGGUUAUUAUCAGGCCUUUUCAAAAAUAUCCUUUGCGAUCUCUACUACAUCCAAAAUAUCUACAGUUGAUUGGAGAGAUUUCCUCAAGAUAUCAAAUAACCUAAGAUGCUUCUUAAAUGUUAAAGAUGCAGAGUUUGGUGAAAACCUGGAUUUACUUUUAUCAUUCCUGAAUUCAGUUCCUGGUUUAACUGAGGUUGAUAUACAUGCCACAUACCUGACAGAGAUUUGGACCUCAAGAAUUCUUUCCUACCUUCAUGUCAAUCCAAAGAUUUCUCGUAUAAUGUUUUAUGUGAAAAUCGUCUUGACGAGUGAUGUUGAAAGAGUCUGUUCAACGUUUUGCGUCUUUAGAAAGCCAUUUGUGCCGUAUAAGAUGCAUGACAGUGAGGAAGAUAAUCCAUCAUUGAUCCUCUCAGUGGACAGAUGGGCUUAUGAUGCUGUACGCUGUAGCAGUGGAAAGCCGAUUCAGUCGUACCCUCAUGACACACCAGCUCUUGUGAAACUCAACCUCAGUGUUCCUCCUCUGGAAGGAUCUCGUUUCACUUGGGAGAAACUUUUCCAGGAGACCUACCAACUUAUUCAGUUGAUAGAAAAACCCCCAGAUCUGGAGGAUCGUGUGGAUUCUCUGUUGGUGUUUUUGGAUUCGGUUCCUGGUCUUAAGAAAAUACAACUGUGGCUAAACUACAUGAAUGAGAUCUGGGCCGCUGCUCUCUUCUCUCUCUUUAUGUCUCGCUCAAGUUUACUUCACUUAGAGUUGAAAACCAGUUUGACUAUUGGUGUGGAGAGUCUGGGAAUGAUAAGACACGAUGGAAUAAAGUUGUCUGUGGGAUGUAAUCAUGUGAAUUAUAUAGAUGAUUAUGACAUCAGUUUCUUAAAACCUCCAGUACACAAAAUGCUUCCCUGCAUUACCUUAACAAUAACAGAUAAGUCUGAGAACAGCAACGCAGACUGGAAAAAAUUCUUUCAUGCCUACAAUCAGCUGAAAGUCUUGACUGAAAAUUGUCCAGAGUAUGAUGAGCAUGCAGGUGACCUCCUCUCUGUCCUGCAGUCUGUGUCCGGACUGAAGGUUCUGGAUCUAAUGGUUAGAUUCAUGAAUGUAGAUGAAGCAUCUCGAGUCCUGGAUCUCCUUCAGACUAACCCCAGUCUGCACAUAAUAAAGUGAGAAUUAAGCCACACCAAUAUUCAUAUAC